AUGAAACCAAACUAAAAGAUUUUAGAGAGGCGAAGAGGUAGAGAGAAGAAAAAAUGCAGAUCUUCGUGAAAACCCUAACUGGGAAAACCAUCACCCUUGAGGUUGAGAGCAGUGAUACCAUCGAUAAUGUCAAGGCUAAGAUCCAAGAUAAGGAAGGAAUUCCUCCAGAUCAGCAGAGAUUGAUCUUCGCUGGAAAACAACUUGAAGAUGGCCGUACCUUGGCUGAUUACAACAUCCAGAAGGAAUCUACACUUCAUUUGGUUUUGAGGCUUCGUGGAGGUAUUAUUGAGCCUUCUUUGAUGGCUUUGGCUAGGAAAUACAAUCAAGAUAAGAUGAUUUGCAGGAAAUGCUAUGCCCGCCUUCAUCCAAGAGCCGUGAACUGUAGAAAGAAGAAGUGUGGUCACAGCAACCAGUUGAGGCCCAAGAAGAAGAUCAAAUGAGCACUGGUGUUGCAAGCUGUUGUGGGAGGUGGUAGAAGUGCAUUUUGUGUUGUCUCAAAUCUCCUAAUUUUGUUUAGUUUUGGAACCUGACUCCACUGUUAUCUUCAGUUGACUAUGUUCUUCCCGUAUAUGACAAUUCACCUAUAAAAUUUUGUUUGAAGUAAUAUGUUUGAAUUUCUUAAGUCAUAGCUUUUGAUAAGUUUUUGGUUU